UAAAAUUCAUGAUAAUCCCCAUACUUUUAAAAGAAGAAAAAUCUCGUGAUCUCAUCUACAAAUCUCUUAUUUUCAAUUCACUGCCGUGAGAGUUAUUACACUUAUAUUUAUAUAAAUUCAGUGAAAAUCCAUAACGUUCUUAUGCUCAACCAGCCUGUAAUAAUUUAUCACGAGAAGACAAGAACACGGUCAGUGCAAAGCUCACCAGUGUCAGAGGAGCACUCGCACGCGAGACUCGUACAAACUUCUUGCGCAUAAGUAAGUUUCGUAAGUUAAACUAUUUUCCUCGCUAUCUCAGAAAUCAGUUUGCAAAGAUGAGCCCCGGUGCAUCAAACUCAGCAUCGUCGUCGAAUCUCUUGCCAAAAACUCUCGGAAUGAACCUACGAAAGCGUCACAGAAGCGAUGACAAGGAGAACAUCGUCGUCGGAGCACCUGCUUUCAAGAACAGAGUGUCCUUCGUGACGUCUGACUUUCGGGAGAGAAAACUCUCGGACGACCAGAGAGCUAGGAAACCCCUCAUAGAAACCAAUGCUGCGAAACAAGAACAAUCGAGGCUGGACGGGAGCAGGGCUUUUUUCAAGCCCUGCUUCUCUGUCUUCCAAGACUGCGUGGUAAACGAUAAAACUGCGUAUCGACGUCAUCGUAGUGGUGCUCGCAGCAGCAGUUGGGCACCUGAGAAAUGCGAACAGCCGGAAAAGAUCGGCAAGCUGCAGCGCGUUAAGGUAUGCGGGAAAAAGGAAGCCCACAGGGUGUUGCACGACACAUUGACGACGGAAUUGGCGUACAACAUCGGUUACAUGGACGACUUCGUCAAGCUUCAGAUAGAAUUGCACGGCAGGAAGGAGUUGUCAGCCGAUUUUUUCGAGAGAAGCAUUACCACUGCCCGGAGACGGCUGAUCGUUAAGUACUUGAUCAAGUCCGUGGCGUACAAGAAGUACCCGUCGUUUAUAUCGUACCAGGCCAUCAAAAUAUUUGACUUCUUCGUCGAUGCUGAGAAAGUAAAGUUGGAUGAGUUGCAAAUAACUGCAUUAGCGGCACUUUGGAUUGCGUUAAAAAAAGAUCUCAUCAACGACGAUGUACCUAACGCAAAGCAAUUACUCGAACAUCUAGGUGUUACCGCACUUUACCAAGGAGCAACCAAGCCCCUGAUGGAUAGUGAGAAAAAAAUGUUGGUGGCGUUAAAUUUUGAUCUAUCCUUUGAAGAUCCUUUUUCGCUUUUUGCUUUACUGAUUGUCAUGGUUGACAAAGUCCGAGAACUUACAUCAGUUGAAAUGCAGCGCUUGUACUAUUGUGGCAGUUACCUGAUCGAUUUGUCUUCAAUACACGAAGAAAUGCUUCGACUGUCAGCUGUGCAACUAGCCACUAUAUGUGCCGAGGUAGCCCUUUGCUUGUAUCAUUGUACAAGCGAUGGGGAAAUGAAAAAUCCACCCUGGUCUUAUUGGAGAGAUCAAAUAUACCUGCAUAAUCUCAUGGUCAAGAAUCAUUGUCUCAUCGAUGACCGCGUGGCUCACAUAAGAAACCAGCUAAUGCAGAUAGCCGUUCUAUCGAAGGACAGUCAGUCGGACUACCAUGUUGUUUAUCAAAAAUAUAACAUUAGACGCUACGGCUCUGUUUCUGAAUUUUUUGUAGAAAAAAUUUCCUCCUUAUACUUAAAAAAAAUUUGUGACCCCAACUACAACACUGCACCAAUAACAUUGUUUUAAU